UUAUUACAUACGGAUUAUUGAUCGGCAGACAUAAAAAGAGCAGGUGAAUCUUGUAUGUACUACUCCUCGUUCUCUGUCGGAACUACUCAGUUAACCAGUACAGCCCUCGACUUCAACAUUGGCGUCGCAGUAGAGAGAGAAUCAAUCUUUAUAGAAAUACAUACAUACAGAUAGAGAAAGUAGAGAGAGAUGGAGAUAGAGUUGGAGCCGAGGGUGAAACCUUUGCCCUUCAAAAUCAAGGGCACGUCUCGAGAAUCGCCAUCUCAGAAGGCCGCGCAUGUCCUCGACACCGACCUUCGCAAUCACUGGUCUACUGGUACCAAUACCAAAGAAUGGAUUUUGCUCGAACUCGACGAACCUUGCCUUCUAUCACAUGUAACGAUUUAUAACAAGUCCGUUUUGGAAUGGGAAAUUUCAGUUGGCUUGCGUUACAAGCCAGAGACAUUUGUAAAAGUUCGCCCACGCUGUGAAGCACCUCGACGUGACAUGACAUACCCUAUGAACUAUACUCCAUGCCGCUAUGUGCGAAUAUCGUGUUUGCGGGGAAAUCCAAUAGCUAUCUUUUUCAUUCAGUUAAUUGGGGUUCCAGUUGCUGGGCUUGAACCAGAGUUUCAACCAGUUGUUAAUCACUUGCUGCCUCACAUAGUAUCACACAAACAAGAUGCUCAUGAUUUGCAUCUUCAGUUGCUUCAAGACAUGACAAAUCGGUUGGUUGUGUUCCUUCCCCAACUUGAGGUAGAUCUCAAUAGCUUUUCUGAUGCUGCGGAGCCCAAUAUACGUUUUCUUGCAAUGAUUGCUGGUCCAUUUUAUCCGAUUCUUCAUAUUGUGAAUGAGAGAGAAACUGCUAGAUUGGCUGGAAACAUUUUAGAUUCUGAAGUUUCUAAGAAUAGUCCGUCAUCACCAGCUUUGACUGUUUCCUCUAAUUUUGAGCCAAGGAGAUCACGCACUACAUCUCACUUUUCCUUGCCCACAUCCAGUUCCAUAGUGUUUCGUCCAGAUGCAAUCUUCACAUUGCUGAGAAGGGCUUAUAAAGAUUCUCAGCUGGGAACUAUUUGCAGAACGGCUUCUAGAAUUCUUCUGAAGCUCAUUGGGCCUAUUACUGUACAAGAAGGCUCUAUCUCUUCCUCUGAUGUCAAGUCUUCAAAAGCCGAUUUAUCUAAUCCUAUUCUUUUUGUUGAUUACUCGAGCUUGUUUGGGGAAGAAUUCAGGAUACCUGAUGAUCAGUGGGAAUCCAACUAUAUUAAUAUCUUAGAUAUUGCUGCAGUAGAAGAAGGAAUUUUGCAUGUUCUUUACGCUUGUGCAUCACAGCCUCUGCUCUGCAGCAAAUUAGCUGAUGGCAAUUCUGACUUUUGGUCUGCAUUACCACUUGUACAAGCAUUACUGCCAGCACUUCGUCCUAAUAUCAGCAGCACAGAUCAUGUUGAUGAUAAUUUCUCUCAAUGGAGACAACCUUUCGUGCUAGAUGCACUAUCUCAGAUUGUGGCAACAUCAUCUUCUUCGAUAUACCGUCCUCUUCUUCAUGCUUGUGCCGGCUACCUAUCAUCGUUUUCACCAUCACAUGCUAAGGCUGCAUGUGUUCUCAUUGAUCUGUGCUCUGGUGUGCUGGCACCAUGGAUGGCCCAAGUGAUUGCAAAGGUUGAUUUAACUGUGGAGCUUCUUGAGGACCUUUUAGGUGUAAUCCAGGGUGUUCGGCAUUCCUUAACCCGUGCUCGUGCUGCCCUUAAAUAUAUCGUGUUGGCUUUAUCUGGGAAUAUGGAUGAUGUAAUGGCAAAAUAUAAGGAAGUUAAACAUCGAAUUCUCUUUCUUGUGGAGAUGUUAGAGCCUUUUAUUGAUCCGGCCAUGAACCCGAUAAAGAGUAUGAUAGCUUUUGGAAAUGUUUCUUCAGUGUUUCAGGAAAAGCAGGAACGUACUUGUGAAGUUGCACUCAAUGUAAUUCGUACAGCAGUGAAAAAGCCUGCUGUUCUUCCAUCCUUGGAAUCUGAAUGGAGGCGUGGAUCUGUUGCUCCGAGUGUACUUCUCUCAAUAUUGGAACCUCACAUGCAGUUACCUCCUGAAAUUGACCUUCGCAAAUUCCCCCUGUCCGAGCCUCUAAAGCAUGAAACUGUUUUGUCUCUUUCCUCUGUCCCUCGCUAUGGAGGAGUCACCUCAAAAUUUAAUAGCCAAGAUGACGUUGAUGGAAAGAUGGAUGUUUCUGAUGCCACCGCAAAGAUGGAUAUUUUUGAAGAUGUCAUUCUCUUUUUCGCCCCACCAGAACUAAGGAGCAUGGCCCUUACGAUUGUUUCUGGCAGCCCAGACAGAAAGAGCUCUGAUUCAAGCCGUUGUAAUGUCAGCUCAGAGGAGAAACACAUAGUUGAGAAAAAUUUGAAUAACCAGUUCCAAAAUGGCUUAGAUACUGGUUAUACCGUUGAGUACUCUAACUUGCAUGCGGAUUAUAUGCAACUAAUGAAAUAUCGAGAUUGUGAGUUGAGGGCUUCUGAAUUUCGGCGUUUGGCUUUAGAUUUACACUCACACCGUGAGAUUACUCCUGAGAGUCAUGAUGCUGCCAUAGAUGCUUUGCUCUUGGCUGCCGAGUGCUAUGUCAAUCCAUUCUUUAUGAUGUCUUUUAGAGACAAUUCAGAGGUUGUCAAUGAGAUGAAUGUUGGCGGGACCAAAAUUACUGGAAACCAUGAGUUUGCUGAUCUCAGAAGUGUUUUGGAGAAGAAUGAUAAUGACUUGAAAACAGUUGCUUAUCUUGAAAGGAAAAGGGACAAUAUUGUUCUUCAAAUUCUGCUUGAGGCUGCCAAACUAGACAGGAACUAUAGAAAAACUGUGUCAGAUGUGGGACUUUGUCCCACCUAUGCUGAAGAAAGUGAGGAAGUCAUAAAUUUGUCUAAGCAUGAUGUUAUAUCUACGGAUGCCAUUACCUUGGUUCGACAGAAUCAAGCACUGUUGUGCAAUUUUCUGAUCCAGCGGCUGCAGAGGGAGCAACACUCCAUGCAUGAAAUUCUCAUGCAAAGUCUUUUCUUUUUGUUGUGUUCAGCAACUAAGCUAUUCUGUGCUCCUGAACAUGUGAUUGAUAUUGUAUUAGGAUCUGCUGAGUACUUAAAUGAGCUGCUGACAUCUUAUUACUAUCAGUUCAAAGAAGGGAGUUUGAAGUUGGAUCCAGGAAAGGUACAUCAGGUACAACGCCGCUGGAUGCUUCUUCAAAGGAUGGUAAUUGCUUCAAGUGGUGGUGAUGAAGAGCCUAACUUUUCUCUCAGUAUCAACAAUGGUUUUAGGUUUGCAAAUUUGAUUCCUCCAUCAGCUUGGUUGCAGAAAAUAUCUACAUUCUCUUCUUGUGCUUCUCCUCUGGUUCGGUUUCUUGGUUGGAUGGCAAUAUCUCGUAAUGCCAAGCAGUAUCUGAAGGAGCGGCUCUUCCUUGCUUCAGAUCUAUCACAGCUGUUGUAUUUACUAUCUAUUUUUGCUGAUGAGCUUGCUCGAGUAGAUAACAUUGUUGAGCAGAGAAAUGAGAACAAUAAGAUUGAACUGAAAGGAGUCGAACAAGAUACAGGCUCCAAUAGAGGUUUUGAAUUAGGUCAAGAAUAUUCUGACCAAUGUUUCCAUGCCAUAUACCCUGAUAUAUGUCAUUUCUUUCCCAAUAUGAAAAAGCAGUUUGAAGCUUUCGGGGAAAUAAUAUUGGAGGCUGUUGGAUUGCAACUGAGAUCUCUAUCUGCUAGUGUUGUGCCGGAUCUGUUGUGUUGGUUUUCUGAUCUAUGUUCAUGGCCAUUUUUUCAAAAAGAGAAGGAACAGCUUUCUUCUCAAAAUAAUUCUGAUUAUUUUAAAGGUUUUGUUGCAAAGAAUGCCAAAGCAAUCAUCCUGUAUAUACUUGAAGCCAUUGUAACUGAGCACAUGGAAGCAAUGGUGCCUGAAAUACCUAGAGUGAUACAAGUGCUGGUAUCUCUUUGUAGGACCUCAUACUGUGAUGUGUCAUUUCUCAACUCUAUUCUCGGUCUGUUACAGCCAAUUAUCUCGUAUUCCUUACGUAAGGUGUCUGAUGAGGAAAAACUAUUGACUGAUGAUUCCUGUCUCAAUUUUGAAUCUUUAUGCUUUGAUGAGCUUUUUACUAAUAUUAGACAGAACAAUGAGAACCAAGGUAGCCCAACAGAAAAAGUACAUAACAGGGCACUUACAAUUUUCAUUUUAGCAUCUGUUUUUCCUGAUUUAUCCUUCCAGUGUAAAAGGGAACUUUUACGGUCCUUGACCUUCUGGGCUGAUUUCGCUACUUUUGAACCAACAACUUCUUUCCAUGACUACCUUUGCUCAUUUCAGACUAUUAUGGACUGUUGCAAAAUUUUGCUAGUUGAGACUUCAAGAAUGCUUGGUGUUAUUCCUCUUAAGAUGCACGAUGUGAGCACUGAUGAGCCCUGUGAUAAUAGCUCUGAAUCACAGUCAUGGUUUCUCAAUGAUAUCUGCUACACCUCUCUUCCAACUGAUGUGUAUGAGAAGCUGGAAAAUGACAUUGGCGAUGAUGUUGUCUCAAAUCAAAAGGUUUGUCAUUUAUCCGUUGAGGAAUUAGAAACUUUUUUGGAAGACUUAGAGGGUCUCAUUGCCAAACUUAAUCCAACUAUUGAACUCUGUUGGAGUAUUCAUCACCAACUGGCAAAGAAGUUGGCUCUAACGUCAGCACAUUGUUUUAUGUACUCAAGAUGCUUAUCCUCAAUUGCCCAAGAAGUUUCUACAUCUGCUACGGCUGAGAAUGAGUCUCUCCUUCCGUCUAACCCCGUUGACAACUUCCCAGUUCAUUGGAGGAUUGGUCUUGAAGGAUUUGCUAAAGUGAUUAUGGUACUACAAGAGAACCAUUGCUGGGAAGUUGCGUCUCUGAUGCUUGAUUGUCUACUUGGAGUCCCUCGAUUCUUUUGUCUCGAUAAUGUGAUUGAUACCAUAUGUUCUGCAAUGAAGAAAUUUUCUUGCAGCGCACCAAAAAUUGUUUGGCGCUUGCAAACUGAUAAGUGGUUGUCAUUCUUAUUUGCUAGAGGCAUCCAUAGCCUUCAUGAAAGUGAAUUUCCUCUUGUUGAUCUGCUCUGUUCAAUGAUUGGUCAUCCUGAACCAGAACAACGGUUUAUUGCACUUCAGCACUUGGGGAAACUUGUAGGUCGAGACGUGCAUGGUGGAACAGAGUUAUUAACUUCUACUUCUCGCAAUAAGCUAAUGUCACCCGACUUUGUUAUUUCUGGUUCUGGGUCAAUUUUAUCACCUCUGGUUUCAAGUUUAUGGGAUCGGGUGGCUGUGCUGGCAUCAUCUGACACAUCAUUAAUUUUAAGGACUCAUGCAAUGGCACUUCUUAUAGACUUUAUUCCAUUUGCUGAACGGCAGCAGUUACAGUCUCUUCUCGCAGCUGCUGAAUUUAUUCUUCAUGGUUUGAGAAAUUUUGUGCACCCGACAUGUGAAGGCCCAUUAACUCUACUUUCAUUAGCACUCAUAGCCAGUGUUUGCCUGUACUCUCCAGCUGAAGACAUUUCUCUGAUAUCCCAAAAUGUUUGGAGAAAUAUUGAAACUUUAGCAAUGCCAAAUGCUGAAGGCAGGGCUGGGGAUCUUGUGGAAAAAACAUGCAAAGCAUUGUGCAAACUGAAAAAUGAAGGAGAUGAGGCUAAAGAGUUCCUGAAAGAAGCGCUCUCUUCAAGUUCUUCGAAAGAACUGGACCCAGAUUUUGGAAGCACACGGGAAUCAAUACUUCAGAUCCUUGCCAAUUUAACUUCUGUCAAGUCAUACUUCGAUUUCUUCUCAAAGAAAAUUGACCAAAAAGAUAUGGAACUAGAGGAGGCUGAAAUUGAAAUGGAUCUUCUCCAGCAAGAACAGACCCUACAGGAUUUAUCUACUGAUUUGAAAGAAUGGCGUCAGCUUCCUUUUCUAGCCGCUUAUACAAAGAACGAUAACCGUCUUCAGCAAAUCAAGGAUGAGAUACGAUCCCUUGAGAAGUCCAAACUCAGAGAAGAGUUAGUGGCCCGCAGGCAAAAGAAGCAACUUAUAAGACAUGCCCGUCAGAAAUAUUUAGAAGAGAAAGCGUUACGAGAAGCACAACUUCUUCAAGAACUUGACAGAGAUAGAACUACUGAAGUAGAAAGGGAGAUUGAGAGACAACGUUUGCUGGAACUUGAACGUGCAAAAACCAGAGAGCUACGACACAAUCUUGAUAUGGAGAAAGAAAAGCAAACACAGAGAGAACUCCAGCGGGAACUGGAGCAAGUGGAAUCUGGACUCCGGCCAUCGCGACGCGAGUUUCCUUCUUCUGCUCAUAGUAGUCGGCCUCGGGAAAGGUAUCGUGAGAGGGAAAAUGGGAGGUCAGGUAGUGAAGGCAGCGUAAGAACAAAUACUGGCGGCUUGCAGUCUGAGACUGCUCCUGCUAAUUCACCCAUGACAGCCAUGCCAACAGUUCUGUCUGGUUCUCGUCAAUUUUCAGGCCAGCUUCCAACCAUUCUACAAUCACGUGACCGUCCAGACGAAUGUGCUAGCAGUUAUGACGAAAAUUUUGACGGUAGCAGGGACUCAGGUGAUACAGGUAGCGUUGGAGAUCCAGAACUAAUAUCCACAUUUGAGGGACAGUCUGGUGGGUUUGGGUCUGCUCAAAGGCAUGGGUCUAGAGGAAGCAAAUCUAGGCAGAUCAUGGAGCGGAGAGAGCGGGAUGGUAGGCGUGAAGGCAAGUGGGAAAGAAAACAUUGACAAGUAAUGAAUGGCCAGUGAAUGUAGUUGAAAUUAGGGUAUACAUGGAAUAUGUGCAAUGUAGGAUGCUGGUUUGCAAUAUCUGGAAUAUUUGGGAUACAUAUAACAGAAUUGUGCAUUAUAAUUUAUUUGUAAUAUAAAUACUUGCACAUUAUCUGUAUGCAAACCAAUAUGUGCUGGUUUACUCAAUGUAUAAAUGGAUACUUUCAGUA